UUGCACCGUUGAAAAUAUGUGUAAAGGAGUUGGGCAAAUUUGAGCAUUCGCCAAAAAUGACGUGACGUUACCUCAAAGACAAUAAAGCCGAGAUAUCCAGAUCGAACCAGUUAGGAAGGAAGCAGAAAACCCGUUUUCGAAAAGAAGGGUGUAGCAGACAAUGACAAAGGUAGGUAAACCACAAAUCAAGGUCAUUUAUAUUUAUAGUAUUCAAAUAAAUUGAUGAAAGAGUAUUUUCAAAAUUUGACUGAAGAAUUUAGAUGCUGUGAAUAAGUCACAAAAAUAUUUUAUACAAUCCACAUAGAGAUAGUGUAAAGGUUAAGUUCAUUUUUGAUAAGGUCGUGCGAGUUCAUAAAAAAUUUUGUUCCAACAUUAACAGAAUGAAAAUAAUGGAUGUAAAAACCGACUUAAUAAAGCAAGUGUUUCACAGUAUGGAAUAUGGUAAAAAUGUAAACAAUAAAGAAGGGGCAUAUGAAUGGUACAAGAACAAAGGGAAUGUAUUUUUUUCAUAUAAAGACAAACCUGAUGAAAAACCUACUGGAGAAGCUAUAGAAGUACGGGAUGCAACUGAUUCAGAUAAUAUUUUGUGCCAUGUAUAUGAAUCAUUUAUUAACAUCGAGGAAGCAACUAAAAUAAAUUUUAAAUGGGCUGACGUUAAACCAAUAGACAGAUUUCAAAUACUAAACAAGUUUGCGAAAGAAAUUGAACAGAAUAUCGAUACAAUUGCUCAAAUCGAAAUUGUAACCCGAGGACUGCGGGCAAAAGACUCUAAAAGACAAGUUAAACGUUUAAUUGAAUAUUUGCAAUAUUACUCCUCAUUUGCUUUGAAAACUAACAAGGAAAAUCCCACAUGGAAACCAAAUGAUGUUGUCCAAGUGAAAAUAUCGGAAAAAAUAGGACUAUCCAUCUUGGGAUCAAUCUUAGGGCCUAGUUUAGCAGCAGGAUGUAACGUGGUAAUUUUUGGACAAACCUUAAUUGCUCCCAUAACAACGUUUUUAUUAGAAUUGGCUUAUAAAGUGGGAAUCCCAGACACCGUAUUAAAAUUCUAUCCCAAGAACGCUGAAUUAGAACAUAUUUCCUAUUUUGAAGUUACCGGAGGAGUAAAAAUAUUGGUGAACUCUUUUAAAAUACCUAUGAUAGUUUUCGACAAUGCUGAUCUAGAUUCAGCUUGUGACGCAGUUGUAGAUGCUGCGUGGGGCCACCAUGGCAGUUUACCUGAGUCCGUCGGAGUUCUCCUUGUUCAAGAAAACAUUCUCGAGCAGUUCUUGAAAAAACUGAAGAUCCUUGUAAAAUCUUUGAAAGUCGGUUUACCAGACGACCAAAAUGCCGACAUCUCCUCGCCAACCUGGAAAAAGACAAUUGACGACUUAAGAAAAGAGGUGAAGGCGGCGAACAACCAAGGAAUCGAAAUCUAUCAACCGGACCAGUCUUCCAAGAAAUUCCAACCCACGUUGUUCAUAGGUGCCAAAGUACAUACCAAUGCGGUGAUCGAAAAUAGAGCGAACGACUCGCCCUACGGCACCCUAACAAUUCUCUCGUUUAGGACGAUCGACGAAGCUGUAGCUUUGGCCAACAACACGAAACAGGGGUAUGCAGCUUCGGUGUGGACCGAGAACAUCAGUUUAGCAAACGAAGUAUCAGAAAAGUUGAACGUCAGCAACGUUUGGAUUAAUGGACACGGAUUGUUCACUGUGGAUGUUUCUAUUGUUCCAAGGAAAGGUAGCGGAUAUGGGUAUAUAGGAGGGGAAGAAGGUUUUAAUUUAUAUUGGGACAAUGAUACUGUUAACAGAGAGAUUAUGCAAAAUCCUGCAACUCAGGCAGCAUGGCAUAAAACCACCAAACUUAAUAAAUUAAAUUUCCUCCACAGAAUAGUUGACAAUUUUUUUGUCAACAAAAAGAAAUGGAGCCAGUUUCCUGAAUCCUGGUUGGAUAAUUUACCAUCAGUGAUAUAUGAAAGCAUAACAGAUCAACAUAUUCUGACUGGAAAUACAAGUGAUCCAGGAUUCAUUAUCAAUACAUAUCGUGAACCUGUAGGAACAUUAUCAGUAGAAUUAGAUGAUAAACCAGAGAACCACAACCUUAAGCUGAUAUUGCAUGCCAUUUUGCAGGGCAAUUCUGUGCAGAUUGUUACACAAAAAUACAGCGAAUUUUAUGGAGAUUUAUUCAAGUGUCUUCCAAAUGGCAUUGUAACAAUUUCAGCUAAAUCUAAUCCUAAUAAUUUCCUUUUCAAUAAGACAACUACACAAACAUCAGACAUUAUAAGGAAAGUUACUUGUGUAAAGAAUGUGUGGUCAAAUGUGGGACAAUCAAGUCAAUGUAAACUGUAAAAUUAUUUUAUUUGAACAUUGUUUUGUGUAAUCGAAAGCAAACGUACAUAUUUACAAAUAAAUAUAGAAAACAAUAAAA